CAACCAAACAAAGAUCAGACAACAAGUCGUGAACAUAAAAACGGGAGAAACAAGGAAAAAAAAAAAAGGCAACGGAGCGAGCACAAAGAAACUGCAAAUCUUCGUUUGUUUUAUAGCGUUCGGAGUCUCGUGACAGCGAGAGUUACUGGUUUAGGGGGUUUAUCGGUUCGCAAUUGUUGAUUUCUGGGAUCAAGACACAAGGAUUUUGAGAGUUUGAGAAAUUGGAAAUGAGAUCUAAUGAUCUUCAAUCGGUCAUAAAUUCUGGAUUUUGAAGUCUGAGAGUGACCCAUUGACUUGGUCUCGACCUCAUAGAUAUCUUAUUCCAGGGGGAUCAAGGAUUCGUAGGACUUGAUGCGAUUAAGCAAAUGGUUCUGUCAUGAUGACUCUCCUUGUUCCUGCUGGAGAUUCAAUUAAUGGACUCACCAGAUAACAACAAAGCACCUGGAUUUGUUGACAUAGUCAAAUCUUGGAUCCCUAGAAAGAGUGAGUCUUCAAAAAUGUCGAGGGAUUUUUGGAUGCCUGACCAUAGCUGUCCUGUGUGUUAUGAGUGUGAUGCUCAGUUCACUGUGUUUAAUCGAAGGCAUCAUUGUCGGCUUUGUGGUCGAGUCUUUUGUGCCAAAUGCGCUGCAAAUUCUAUUCCAUCUCCAUCUGAUGAAACUAAGAACACUCAUGAGGAGCCAGAACGGAUUAGGGUUUGUAAUUACUGCUACAAACAGUGGGAACAAGGGAUUGUUCCCCCUGAUAAUGGAGCGUCUAUCAUUAGCCUUCAUUUUAGCUCAUCCCCUUCUGCUAGGAGUGUCGCAAGCACUGCCUCAAAUUGCACCUCUAAUAGCAGCAAUUGCACCAUUGAUUCAACUUCUGGACCUUCCCCUAGACCUAAAAUGAAUCCCCAAUCUAGCCGUCGUGUCUCGUCAAACAUGGAUUCUGAGAAGUCUGAGCAGCAGAAUUCAUCAUUGCAUAGGACCCCUGAUCCUUAUGCCAAUGUGUUAGAUUCUUCUGAAAAUCAAGUUGAAUUCUUUGUAAACAGUGGCAGGAGUGAUGGUGAAGCUGAUGAUGACGAUGAUUAUCACUCUGAUUUUGCACAAUCUUACUCUCAAGGAAAUGACUACUAUGGUGCCAUCAGCCUUGAUGAAGUAGAGCAUAUCUAUGGGUCACAUGAAGCUCAUGACGUGGGUGUAAAUAUAGAGCCAGACAGUUGCUUCCCCCCUGACUCACUGAAUACAGAGACAAUAGAUGAAACCAGACAACAAGCAAAUGGAUGGAACGAUGUGAAGGAGGGAAGCCCUCCUUGUGAAGAGUCCUUUGAGCUCGAAGUAGUGGAUUUUGAGAGUGAUGGGCUCUUAUGGCUACCGCCAGAGCCAGAGAACGAAGAAGAUGAAAGAGAAGCAGUACUAUCUGAUGAUGACGGUGAUGAAGGUGAUAGAGGUGAUUGGGGGUACCUACGCCCAUCAAAUAGCUUUAACGAUAAGGAGUUCCAUUCUAGGGACAAGUCCAGUGGUGCUAUGAAAAAUGUUGUGGAAGGGCACUUUAGGGCUUUGGUAGCGCAACUUUUGGAGGUUGAUAAUCUACCUAUGGUCAAUGAAGGCGAUAGAGAGGGCUGGCUUGAUAUAAUUACAUCAUUGUCUUGGGAGGCCGCAACACUUCUGAAGCCAGAUACAAGUAAAGGUGGAGGAAUGGAUCCAGGUGGAUAUGUGAAGGUUAAAUGCAUCCCUUGUGGACUUCGCAGUGAGAGUAUGGUCGUGAAAGGAGUUGUUUGCAAGAAAAAUGUGGCUCAUCGGCGAAUGACUUCAAAGCUUGAGAAGCCGCGUCUGCUAAUCCUUGGAGGAGCUCUGGAGUAUCAGCGCAUUUCUAACCAGCUGUCUAGUUUUGACACUUUGUUGCAACAGGAAAUGGACCAUUUGAAGAUGGCUGUUGCCAAAAUUCAUUCUCACAAUCCCGACAUUCUAUUGGUGGAGAAAUCUGUCUCGCGAUUUGCUCAGGAAUAUCUUCUUGCAAAGGACAUAUCUCUUGUGUUGAAUAUUAAAAGGUCUCUUCUAGAACGCAUAUCCCGCUGUACUGGUGCGCAGAUUGUCCCUUCAAUCGACCAGCUCACAUCACCAAAACUGGGAUAUUGUGACCUGUUCCAUGUGGAAAAGUUUGUCGAGAAACAUGUUAGUCCUUCUCAAGCUGCGAAGAAAAUGGCCAAAACUUUAAUGUUUUUUGAUGGGUGCCCUAAGCCUUUGGGUUGUACGAUAUUGCUCAAGGGGGCUCAUGAAGAUGAGCUAAAGAAGGUAAAACAUGUGAUCCAGUAUGGAGUUUUUGCAGCAUAUCACUUGGCUCUUGAGACAUCUUUCCUAGCAGAUGAAGGUGCUUCGCUUCCAGAACUUCCUCUGCAGACCCCAAUUACUGUGGCUUUACCUGAUAAACCAUCAACAAUUAACAGAUCAAUAUCCACAAUACCUGGUUUUUCUGCGUCAAGUGCUGAAAAGUCUCCAACUACUGAAUUAAGGGAUGGGCCACAUAAAGCCAAUGUCGACCUUACUGGUAAUUUCGCUUCUAGUAUGACUCAUUUACAAGGGAAAUUGGAUGGAAACGACAUUGACCCAUCUGAAGAACUGCUUCACAACUUGGAUACUGUUUACUGUAAGCCUCCAGAAACUAUUAUCUCUAAAGACGGUGGAUUGGUUCCUACUCUAGAACCCAGGCAGCUAUCAUUUCACAAGGAAGAACCUUCUGUUCAAAAAGAUCAGUGGUCUGUUUUACCCUGUGCCACAGAACAAGUAACCGAUGGUGCUUACACGAAUGAUACCGCAGGAACAGGAGAUCAAAAUUGUAGUAGACAGAAACAAAUGGACUCUUCGAAAGGAGACUUUCUUCCGUCAGCGUCUGACCAUCAAAGUAUAUUGGUUUCAUUAUCCACAAGAUGUGUGUGGAAAGGAUCUGUGUGUGAACGGGCUCAUCUACUCCGUAUCAAAUACUACGGGAGCUUUGACAAGCCUUUAGGACGGUUCUUAAGGGAUAAUCUCUUUGAUCAGGAUCAGAACUGCUCAUCAUGUACGAUGCCAGCGGAAGCACACAUUCAUUGUUAUACUCAUAGGCAAGGUAGUCUGACAAUAUCUGUUAAGAAACUGCCUGAAUUGCUACCUGGGCAACGUGAAGGAAAGAUUUGGAUGUGGCAUCGAUGUCUAAAAUGUCCGCGAAUCAAUGGCUUUCCUCCAGCCACACGCAGAAUUGUGAUGUCAGAUGCUGCGUGGGGCUUGUCUUUUGGCAAAUUUUUGGAGCUGAGCUUUUCUAACCAUGCAGCGGCUAGUCGUGUAGCCAACUGUGGUCAUUCCCUUCACAGAGAUUGUCUCCGGUUCUAUGGUUUCGGGAGAAUGGUGGCUUGCUUCCGCUAUGCGUCAAUCAAUAUUUAUGCAGUUUUUCUGCCACCAGCAAAACUUGAGUUCAACUAUGAGAACCAGGAAUGGCUCCAAAAGGAAUCAAAAGAGGUGAUUAAAAAGGCAGAAGUCCUUUUUAAUGAGGUUCAGGAAGCUCUUAGUCAGAUUUCAGCGAAAACAAUGCGUGCAGGUUCCAACGGUAGCACUCCCAACAAGAUAAAGCUUUCUCUUGAAGAACUUGGUGGACUUCUUGAGCAACGUAAAGAGGAAUAUAAGGAAUCAUUGCAGCAAAUGUUAAGUGUGUCUAAGGAUGGACAACCUACUAUUGAUAUCCUUCUGAUAAACAAACUUCGAAGACUGAUACUUUUCGAUUCAUAUGCUUGGGAUGAAUGCCUAGCCGGGGCUGCCAGUAUGGUAAGAAAUAACUAUUCUGAAGCUCCGAGGAAUCCUGCCCCAAAAGUUAUGGGUCGCAACAUUUCCUUAGAGGAGCUUGGAGAUGAAAAAAUAAGGUCGACACCCACCAGUGUUGCAAGUAGUAAUGACUCUAUUCUCCAGGAUGCGGAGUAUGAUACGUGUCUUAAACAGGGUAAACCUUUUGCUGAUUUAAGCGGAAAAAUUGCUGCUAUUCCUGAACAUGUAGGCUCGGACAUCCCCCCGGAUUGUAGGAUUGAUUUCGAGCCUAGGGAAGGUGGUAAAGAUAAUUUUUUGGAGCCUUCACAGGUGGUUAAAACAGUACUGUCUGAGAGCCAGUCGCAAGCAACAGAUUUAUCUGAUACUCUUGAUGCAGCAUGGAUAGGUGAACAAACUACUUUAGAGAAUAGUAUUUCCCGUCCGCCCAGCAGAGCUGCUUCAGCAAAUGAAACUCAGAUUCCUGAUUUAAGGCUGUUGGGUUCAGAAAGUGGGAUGAACAUUAAAAGCGGCCCUACCAGUGAUGAACAAACAACACAAGUUCAGAUGCCUUCUCCUAGUUUUUACUAUUCACUCAACAAAAAUUAUUCGCUUAAUUCUCGAAAGCAUAUUAUGGCUGAAGACCGGCCUGUUUAUGUUUCUUCAUAUAGAGAGCUUGAAUGGCGAAGUGGUGCUAGGCUCCUACUUCCUCUGGGAGUUAAUGACUUGGUACUGCCGGUCUAUGAUGACGAACCUACCAGUAUCAUAGCUUAUGCCCUUACAUCAUCAGAAUAUAAAGCCCAGAUGUCUGGAUCAGAUAAGUCAAGAGAUCGCUUGGAUAGUGGAGGUUCCUUUUCACUUUUUGAUUCUGUUAAUCUUCUCUCAUUGAACUCUUUGAGCGAUUUGUCAGUUGACAUGAGUAGAAGUCUUAGCUCUGCUGAUGAACAAGUCUCGCAGCUGUUACAGUCAUCACUUUAUAUGAAAGAUCUGCAUGCUAGGGUUUCGUUUACAGACGAAGGUCCUCCUGGGAAAGUGAAGUACUCUGUGACAUGUUAUUAUGCUAAGGAAUUUGAAGCCCUGAGGAAGAUUUGUUGUCCUUCAGAAACAGAUUUUAUUAGAUCUCUUGGUCGUUGUAGAAAAUGGGGAGCACAGGGUGGAAAGAGCAACGUCUUCUUUGCAAAAAGUUUGGAUGACCGUUUCAUCAUCAAGCAAGUUACAAAGACAGAGCUUGAGUCCUUCAUCAAAUUUGGGCCAGCUUACUUCAAAUACCUGACUGAGUCCAUCAGUACUAAAAGCCCUACAAGCCUUGCAAAGAUCUUGGGGAUCUAUCAGGUUUCAUCCAAACACCUUAAAGGAGGAAAAGAGUUCAAAAUGGACGUCUUGGUGAUGGAGAACCUUCUAUUCAAGCGGAACUUCACUAGGCUGUAUGACCUAAAAGGCUCCACUCGUGCUCGUUACAAUCCUGAUACAAGUGGUAGCAAUACAGUUUUGCUGGACCAGAAUCUUGUUGAAGCGAUGCCAACAUCUCCAAUAUUUGUUGGGAGCAAGGCAAAACGGCUUCUUGAAAGAGCUGUCUGGAACGAUACAUCAUUUCUUGCUUCGAUUCACGUAAUGGACUACUCCUUACUAGUCGGGGUAGAUGAGGAACGAAACGAACUGGUUCUAGGAAUUAUCGAUUUCAUGAGGCAAUACACCUGGGACAAACAUCUGGAGACUUGGGUCAAGACUUCAGGGCUCCUUGGAGGACCGAAGAACUCAUCUCCCACAGUGAUAUCGCCGCAGCAGUACAAGAAAAGAUUCAGGAAAGCAAUGACAGCUUAUUUUCUGAUGGUUCCUGACCAAUGGUCGCCUGCCACCGUUGUGCCAAGCAACAGUUCUUCAGCAGAGGUGAAGGAGGAAGAUGAGAGAGACAAUCCUCAAGCAACAGUUGGUAACAAGUCCUGAAGCAUUUUGCAAGAGACGUACAUUCAGUUAGCAAAUAUAGUAUUUUUUAUUUUCUUUGGUUGGAAUGGUCUUUGGGUAAUUUGUGCUUAUGUAUUACCUUAGGUGUGGCAUAUACCUCUUCCAUCACCUUUGCAUCAGAAUUUGUAAAAGCAAGAUGCAACUGUACAUACCCUGCUUCAACCUUUUAGAGUCAUUAUUCGUUACAUUUGUUUAGUAACAUUUUGCUUA